ACACUGGGCGCCUCCCCCUCCACUCCUGCUUCGCAGCAGCAGGUUGUGAGCUCACCCUGUAGGAGCUGUGGGAUGCUGCUGAACACACCCUGUGCAUUUCGCUAUCUUUUCACAUCAGUGUUAACCUAUUUUAUGCAGUCUAUGGUGUUAACCAGCAGCUGAAGAACAUUAAAACCUUCACCAAAUAUGUGGCGUAGUACCGGCUGACUGCAUCUGCUUGAGGUUACUGUGAUGGCAGGGUCAAAGAUGUCUGUGCCACUGGCUGUAGUGGUGGUCCUCUCAGUGCUGCUGACAGGGGCAACCCAUGCUGGGCCUGAGAUGGAUCCAUACAAAAUCUUAGGAGUAACCAGGAGUGCAAGCCAGGCUGAGAUCAAGAAGGUCUAUAAGCGUCUUGCAAAAGAAUGGCAUCCUGACAAAAACAAAAAUCCAGGUGCCGAGGACAUGUUUAUCAAGAUUACCAAAUCUUAUGAGAUCCUUUCCAGUGAAGACAAACGUGCCAAUUAUGACCGUUACGGGCAGACUGAUGACACCCAGCCAUACGGCAACGGUCGCUACGGUCAGCACCAGGACACCUUUAACUUCGAUGAGUCCUUCUACAACUUUCCCUUCAACAGCAAGACCCAAAGGGACUUUGCUGACAGCAAGUACACGUUGCACUUUAAGCAGUAUGUCAAUGACGUGGUGCCUGACAGCUCCAAGAGACCAUACCUGAUAAAGAUCACCUCUGACUGGUGCUUCAGCUGCAUCCACAUCGAGCCUGUAUGGAAAGAGGUGGUGGAGGAGAUGGAGACUCUAGGUGUUGGGAUAGGUGUGGUGGAUGUUGGCAAUGAGAGACGAUUAGCAAAUCACCUCGGUGCUCAUCGCACCCCAUCAAUUCUCGGAGUCCUAAAUGGCAAAGUGACGUUUUUCCAUUACGCUGUAGCAAAGGAGCACCUGAGACAGUUUGUAGAAGACCUUCUUCCUCAGAGACUUGUGGAAUGGGUCACAGACAAGAAUGACCUGCACUUCUUGAACAGCUGGCAUGAGCUCAACAAGCCACACGUGCUUCUGUUUGACCAAGUGCCUGUAGUUCCUCUGCUUUACAAACUGACAGCUUUUGCUUAUAAGGACUACUUGCAGUUUGGCUAUGUGGACCAGGGCCUUUCAGAGACCGCUAAUCUGCAGAAACAGUUCAAUAUUAACACUUAUGCUCCAACUAUGUUGAUCUUCAAAGAGAGCACUGACAAGCCUGCUGACAUUAUACAGGCUAAAGGAAUGAAAAAGCAAAUUAUCGAUGAGUUCGUGUCAAACAACAAAUUCCUCCUUGUGCCACGGCUGGUCAAUCAGAAGCUCUUUGAUGAGCUCUGUCCUGUCAAACAGUUCCAUAGACGCAGAAAAUACUGUGUCCUGCUGAUGACAGGUGACGAAGAGUCCUUUUCUCUCGGGAACCAGGCGUUUCUUUCAUUUGCCUCUACCAAUACCAAGGAAGUUGUGAGAUUUGCUUAUGUGUACCAACGGCUCCAGCAACCUCUUUGUGACACUCUCAUGCAGAACAAGGACAGUGCACCGCCACUAGCACAGGUGGUGAUCCUGGAGAGGCGUAACGCUGCAGGGAAGGCCUUGUUCAAGCCAGUGACCGCCUGGAACGGCAGUGAGGAAGACAAGCAGUGUCUUCUGGAGGAGCUGGAGCGACUACAGAAAGACCCGUCCAUCCUCGUCCAUGACGCCAUGCUGCCCGAACUUAACAACGAGUUUGCCUCUAUGUUUGUAAUCCGAUGGAUCUAUGCAUGUUACGAUUACCUCUCUGAAGUCAUCGAUGAUAUUCUGCAUAACAACUGGCGUGAGAUGAUGCCUCUUCUGUCCCUCAUCUUCUCUGCCUUGUUCAUCUUGUUUGGAACUGUGGUCAUCCAGGCCUUCAGUGACUCAAGUGAAGACAAGCAGACUAAACCGAAGGCAAAAGAUGGAACAAAAGCAGAGAAUGGGUCACCCGGGAACAGUAGUGCUUCAAGUCGGCCUCCCAAGAAGAAUUUUGUGGAGGUGACGGAGCUGACAGAUAUCACUUACAUGAGCAACCUGGUGAAGCUGAGGCCGGGACACAUUAACAUAGUGCUGGUGCUCACGGACGCCUCCAAGAACAUCCUCCUUAGCAAGUUUGCCAAAGAGGUGUACUCCUUCACUGGGAGCCUGACGUUGCAUUUCUCCUUCCUGAAUAUUGACAAGCACGGCGAGUGGAUGAACACACUGCUGGAAUAUGCCCAGGACGCCAUGCAGAUCGGUGCGGACGAGGGUGACGCAGGAAACCACGAGAUGGACUACACCGGCUACGUGCUGGCUCUUAAUGGCCACAAAAAGUACCUUUGUCUGUUUAAGCCUGUCUACACCGGGGAAGACCUUGACAGUAAGUCAUCUGAGGAUGAAGGGGCCACUUCAGGGGGGAGGUUGAGGGCCACUUCACGUGACGACCACCCGCCACGCAGAUCCAACCGUUCCCGCAGCUUAUCCACCCUGCAGAUCCACCACAAACUGGACCGUCUAGGGUUGUGGAUGGAAAGGCUCAUGGAAGGCACUUUGCCUCGCUACUACAUCCCUACGUGGCCAGGACUUGACAAAAUCACCCCCAGUAAAUAGAUUGAGGCGCGUUCUGCUGAAGUUAGGCUGGAGCUGCCUUUUUUUGCACUUGAGAUAAUAGUUACAGAUGUACAGAAGUUGGGUCAAUAUAACAAACUUGGCUUUAGUGCAACUACUGUGGGACAGGUCCAUUAGUGCGCCCCUCUUACACUCAUCGCAUGCUGUUGUCAACUGUUGGUAGUCAUAUUUUAUUCAGGCUAAUGCUGCUGCUGCUACAGCCUUGUGAACAGAAAGAAAAAUCACUGUGGUCACCUGGUCUUCAGUAAUAAAUACUGUGAAUGGAGAUGCAUGUCUCAACACUAAAAUGUCUUGCGUUUUCAUGCAUCUCAGCCCAUUGUCUUUCAGUGAUGGAUGACCUCCUGAAUGCUGACUUGCUUGCGCAGUGUAGCGCACUGCUGUAAUGACAAAGCCUUGGUCUAUUUAAUAACCUCAGUUAGCCAGUAGCUUUAUGUAGCAAUUUCAUUUUCUGAAUGUUUUCCAAAUGGCCCCGAUUGACUGAUACAUUAUCAUUUUGUCACCUUGAAUUACGUAGCCAUGAAAGUGAAGUCAAACGUACUGUGUGCCUGCUCGGUUUAUUAAUUUGUUUUGUCAACAUUGAGUGUACAAACCUCAUGGAUAUAAUUUUGUGGUGUAAAUAUUGUACAUAAUCAUGUUAUCUAUAGGACCUGUAUUUUAAAGAGUAUGUAUCUUGAAAGAUAAGGUGAAUGUUUUACAUGGAUUUAUCAAAAUGCUGUAGUUAUGUUUUUCUUUUCUAGUUUUCCUUAAGAUUUUCUUUUACAAGUUAUUGUAAAAAAAAAUGAUGUCUGCUAAUGUCUGAUGUUUCAGUUGGUCUUCAGUAAUGCAUCUAUCCUCUUGGUGGUUGUAAUAAAAUGCUUUAUGUUUAUUAA